AUGAAGGUGAAUGUUCUAUUUAAUCCAACAGGAGAGCUCAUCUCACUCGAAAUCCAUAAAGAAACUACUGUUGAAGUUUUAAAAUCGCUCAUUGAAAUCGAGUUUAACUUAGAUAACUCAAAGAAUUAUGAAUUGUCAAUUGAAGGUAAUACUUUGCAAGAUGAUGACAUUGCAUUAUCAAAGGUUUUAAAUAAAGAUUCAAUAUUUAUUGUGUCAGAGAAAAGCAGUCAAAGUGCCGUUAACAGCCUUAACUUUUCCUCAAAUUACUCUGAAAAUUUAAUUCAGACACUUUCAUCACAACUAUUUACAAAAAUUAAAGAAGACCAGUCACUAAAGUUAUUGUAUUGUUCAAAAUCAAAUGAAUAUAAAGAUGCAAUUGAUAAAGAUGAUAUUCAAAAGUUUACAGAGCUAGUAAAAAAUGAUUACUUUGCCGGAAAUCUUAAUUCUAUGUCUUCUGGUUCAAGUUCAUAUAUGUACAAUUUAGACCCGUUAAGCCCAGAAUAUCAAAGAUUAAUUGAGGAGCAAGUAAGAAAACAAAAUGUUGAAGAAAAUUUAAUUUUAGCUCAAGACCAUUUACCAGAAAGCUUUGCGCAAGUUCAUAUGUUAUACAUAAAUGUAGAGGUUAAUGGUCAUUCAAUUAAAGCAUUUGUUGAUAGCGGUGCACAGACAACAAUCAUGUCUAAGAAAUGUGCCGAAAAGUGCAAUCUCUUGAGACUAAUAGACUAUAGAUUUAGCGGAAUUGCACAAGGUGUGGGCAUAAGUAAAAUUGUUGGAAAAAUACAUGUUGCUCAAAUGAAAAUUGGAAAUUCUUUUUUUCCAUUCUCAAUAACAGUGCUUGAAGAAAAUCGCGUAGAUUUUCUAUUUGGAUUAGACUUACUUAAAAGAUAUCAAUGCUGUAUUGAUUUAAAUCAGAAUUUGCUAACUAUUGGUAAUGAAAAAGUAGAAUUCUUAUCUGAAUCUGAAAUAAAUAGUGAAAUGAAUCUAAUUGAAUCAAAUAAUACAACAAAUGAUCAAUGUUUUGAUGAAGAAAAAAAACUUCAACUUUUAUCACUAGGUUUUUCUGAGACUCAGGUAAUCAAUGCAUUAAAGGCUGCAAACGGAAAUACUGAAUUAGCUGCAUCAUUAUUAUUCUCAAAUGAAAAUAUUUGA